AUGUACGUGAGUUCUGUGCUGAACAGGAACGUUCAGUCUUACGGCAAGAUGUAUAUGUUUGAUAACUGCAGCGAAACGUGUUGGAAUUCCGAUGCGGUAGGGAAGUCCACAUGGGUUCUCGUUACGUUCGAGGCGGAAUGUGGUCUCUCGAGCUUCGAGGUGGAAUUCCAGGGUGGAUUCGCUGGGAAGAAUUGCCGUAUAGAGGCCGGUAAUGAUAAGAAGGAGCUGGCGUUUGUCGAAACUUUUUAUCCGAAGAACAAGAACAACCCGCAGCCAUUCAACUUGAAAAAUCAGAUCAGAGCCAAGGUCUUUAAAUUUGUAUUCAACGAAAGCUACGAUUUCUUCGGCAGGAUCAUCAUAUAUGAUUUAUCGUUGUACUCGUGAUAUCUCGUCUAUUAUCUUAUAAAUGGUAUAUUUCAUCGGAUUGCCAGUGUUGAAUAAGAAAAUUUCAGAUUUCAAUCGACCUCAGCUCCAAUCGGU